GACAAACCUGCUCAUUUCCCCUUAUCAUUGCCUGACUCCCUCCCCUUGCUGACUCCUUAUCUUCAAGUCCCCGGGUGGGGGAGGACGGGAACACACAUCCCUGCCACCUACCAUUCCCAGAGUUCACUUCCUCUCUCAUUGCCACACAUUUUUACUAACAUCUUUGAAAGGCUUGAGGGCAGCCUGGCCUUGGACUUUAAGUCUCCAGCUCAUUUUCCUCUUUCCUUUCCUUUUAACAGCUUGAUAAUGCUCCAGUUGAUAGCCACACCUUCAAAUGCCCUUGCGGAUGAGCCUGUGUCCAUCCGGGCAAUAGGCCUGCCUCCGUCACAGAUAGUGACCAUCACGGCGACAGCGAAAGAUGAGAAGGAGAAUCUGUUUCAAUCCAAAGCCUUCUACAAAGCUAACGAGGCUGGUGAGGUGGACCUGGAGCAGGCAUCAGCCUUGGGGGGUGACUAUGUAGGGGUCCACCCGAUGGGCCUCUUUUGUUGUCUGAAACCCAAGAGGGCUUUCCAGAGGCUGAUCAAGAAAGAUGUGAUGAACAGCCCCCUUUGCAUCUGUCUGGACCUGUAUGACUCUGUUUGCUUGCUAGAAACAGUCAGAAUUCCACCCAAGGCCAGCCAGAUAGUGCAUCGCUGGUUUGCUGGCCCUGGGGUCAAACGGGAGCAGAUCCGAGAAGGUCGGGUUCGGGGAGCCCUUUUUCUCCCUCCAGGGAAAGGUCCUUUUCCAGGAAUUAUUGAUUUGUUUGGUUUCAUUGGGGGUCUAGUUGAAUUCCGUGCCAGUCUUCUGGCUUCUCGUGGCUUUGCAGUGCUGGCAUUAGCCUAUUUUGCCUAUGAGGACCUUCCUAAGGAACUGUUGGAGGAGGACUUGGACUAUUUUGAGGAAGCUGCCAACUUCCUACUUGCUCACCCCAAGAUCCAACAGCCAGGAAUUGGUGUGAUCUCAGUGAGCAAAGGAGCAGAGAUUGGGCUGGCCAUGGCUUGCUAUCUGAAGCAGGUGGUUGCCACCGUCUGCAUAAACGGGCCCAGUGCCAUCUUCGACUUCCCACUAAGAUACCGGGAUCUGGUGGUGACACCCAUGCGACAAUCCUUGGAAUGGACCCAAAUCCAUGCCUCAGGGGCUGUACGCCUCCGUCACUGUUCGGAUCCCCAGAAUAUGCUGAACCCACACAAGAUACUUCCGGUGGAAAAGGCCCAAGGGAAGAUCCUCUUCAUUGUAGGAGAGAAUGACGAAAGCUUGGCUAGCAAGUUGCAUGCACAGAGGGCCAUGGACCGGCUCCGGAGCCAUGGGAGAAGCAGCGGAAGGAUGCUGGCAUACCCUGGGGCAGGCCACCUCAUAGAGCCGCCUUAUUCUCCCUUUUGCUUUGCAUCCUGGCACUCUGUCUUGGGCAAACCCAUACUUUGGGGAGGAGAUCCCAUCGCUCAUGCAGCAGCUCAGGUGCACUCCUGGAGAGAGAUCCAAAAGUUCUUCAGGCAACACCUCCUUCAGUCUGGAGGCAAACUCUAAAUAGUGUGACCGUGCAGGACAGAGUAAAGGGCAGGUUGUGCGUUAGAGAAGAGGUUGGACUUGGCCUGGGGAUAAAGCAUCAUCGGUUAGGGAUUGCAGGGCAACAGUGGGGAUAGGGGACAGAAUUCUCCUGGCUUUCUUACUCUCACAAUCAUUGCAAUUCAAUUGGAAGGAAACCAGACAAUUUCACAGACCCGGACAUAAUUGCAUCUGAGGUGUUUCUGAUGAAUUUGCAUGUAUUUUGAAAUUUUCUAAAUCAAAUUUUAGGUUGUGUAUUGGAAUACAUCAGUAUUCAGAUAUUGUGAUAUUUUUGCAAACUGAUGAACAUUGUGUAUGUGUAUGUGUGCAUGUGUGCGUGAGUGUGUGUGUGUGUGUGUGUGUGUGUGUGUGUGUGUGUGUGCGUGUGUGUCGAGUUCAGGAUUCAUUUGACCUAGGCAUUUUCAAUCCAAAUAAAAUCUGUAAAACUC